CGUGUACCCUUACCAUCUGUUCAGGCCAUCAGUAUUGCAACGUUUGCUCCUCGUCGCCCUCAUUACCCUCCUUUCUCGCCAGCCAAUUAUGCACCACUUGAUGGUUGUUCGUCGAAUCUGGCCAAAGUAGAAAAACUCACAGAUGUCCGUGUCCUAGAUGGCUUCCUUUUCAGAUCCACUCCAACUAACGACUUCAAUAUAGCCAUUUUGGGCUCUGGUUUGUUGGUCAACCCCACUAGCCCCACACCCCUGCAAAGUUGA